GUUGGUACGACUAUGACGCCACAUCUUCCGGCGUCCGGCAGUUACUAAGCACGCGUGUAUACACACUGCCUGUUAAUUUUUGAAAACUAUUAGAAAAAUGUCAUACAAAGGGCCACAGAAAGUUCAGAAGGUGAUGGUACAACCCAUCAACCUUAUAUUUCGAUAUCUACAAAACCGUUCACGGGUGCAAGUUUGGUUAUUUGAGAACAUUAACCUCCGGAUUGAAGGACACAUCGUUGGUUUCGAUGAAUACAUGAAUCUGGUGCUGGACGAUGCGGAGGAAUACCAUUUGAAGACCAAAAACAGAAAACCACUUGGGCGGAUUAUGUUGAAAGGCGACAAUAUAACAUUAAUACAAAAUACGAAUCCAGGAGCAAAUUAAACUUCGCACCAUAACCUCGAAGGACGUUUUGUAUAGGAUGAAUACUAACAUUGUUUUGUACCUUGUGCGAAGAUUACACGUGAGAAAGUCGCGUGUAUAAACUGUAGGUUAAGAAAAGUGACUUGUAAACCUUUAACUGUGGAGAACAUUAAUAUCCGAAGAGUUUCAAAUAUGACUUCUAAUUCAGAAUUGCUAGGAUAAAGAAUUGCAAAUUGAUAGGCACAAUUUGUAACUGAAAAUAUCGGUGUCAUGUUGAAAUGACAGUAUUAUUCUCCAUCAGAAGAUGUAUUUGUUAUCGUAAUCUGGUAGUGGAACAAUUUAAUUAGAAGAAUCUAAAAACAUUCGAACGUUACGGGCUGUAUCUAAAUUGAUUGUACUUUGUUCAAUGAAAGACUAUAUGUAAAUGAUAUCAAACUAUAUUCAGGUUUAUACUAUUUCUUACCAUGAACCGUGCAUGUAAAUAUGUGACUGAAGAACAGCGUAACAUAACUUGAAUUAGAUUGUACAUUUAAUAAAUAUUUUUGAAUCAA